AUAAAACUUUGCUCUCCAGCAUAUAACUACCAUCUUUUUCAUAACAAAUAUUGAUCACGUCAACCAACACAAUUCGUUGAUUUAAUGGGCAGCAUAACAUGCAAUACAUUCUUGUUGGAUAUUGUCGUCGAUCGGGCUCUCAAUCUAGCAAAUAGUUUCGAUAGUUUCCCGCUCUCAUUCUCUCGUUUUCUGCUUCGCACAUCGCAUUGUUAUCAUUGGCGCCCCUAAUGACUAAAACUUCUUUCGGCUUCGACACCGAAUAUCGAUCAGAAACGAGUUGACCGUCCGUCGGCCAGGUACCGUCUCACGCAUAGUAAUUCUAAAUCGGCCCAACUUCGAUCGGUUGGCUAAAGUCCACUGUGAGUUCCGAGGUUAGUUACAAGCAAGAGCAUACAUUUGAAACCAUGACCUCGUCGUCGACAGCGAGCAACGAUAAAUGGAUCGUCUAUGGAGGGCCGGAUCCGGUGGAUCUUUUGAACGAUGGCUCACUGGGCGAGAUGAUGAUCAAGGAACUGAAGCGCCAACCGGAGAAUAUCGGACUGAUUGAUCCGGCAUUGGAAAUAGAGCUUUGCUACCAGCAAAUUUUGGAUAACUCGGUGAAGGUGGCGAAGGGUUUGCAGAGUUUAGGCAUCAGCGAAUCCGAUACGAUAGCAAUCGUUAGCCACAAUUGCUUGGACUAUGCGUUCGCGAUGUUUGGAGCGAUUUUUGUUGGGGCACCGUUAGCGCAGUUCAAUCCUGCAUACCUUGAAGAUGAGUUGGCACAUGCUCUGAGCAUGACUAGACCGAAACUAAUCUUCGUUUCAUCAGAGGUAGCUCAGCGAGUAACCGCUGUAAACCGAAAGUUGAAAUGCGCUGAAACGAUCGUUACUUUUGGAAACGGAAGUGCAGGUGUCAUUCCGUUCAGUGAUCUUUUGAACCGACCAAUGCAAACGUACACAUUCAAGUCGAACCCAGUUGACAAGCAAAAUCAUGUUGCAUUGAUUCUACUAUCAUCUGGAACUACUGGUCUACCCAAAGGAGUUCAACUUACCCAUUCCAACAUAAUGACAACGAUAGCGCAUUCCAAAGAAGCAGCUAAACUCCUAGACCUGCCCGAUCAGUUGGUUGCUCUUGCUGUGACCCCGCUCUUCCAUGUACUGGCUAGUGUCGGACUGAUCAAUAUGGUGACCAACAAUUGUCGCUGCGUGCUGAUGCCGAAGUUCGAUGCUCACCUAUUUCUGAACAGCAUUCAAAAGUACAAGGUCAAUCUGAUGUCGGUAGUGCCACCGUUGAUGGUUUUCCUGGCGAGGCAUCCCAUGGUAGACAGCUACGAUUUGUCAUCGCUGAUGACGUUGUUUUGCGGCGCAGCGCCUUUGAGCAAAGAGAUCGAGGAUCAGGUUCGGGAGAGAUUGGGCAUCGCUUUCGUCCGACAAGGUUACGGUAUGACGGAAACUACGUACGUGAUGCUUAUGCAAACCGGCUUCGAGAACAAAUCUGGAUGCGUGGGAAAAGUGCGGAUGGGUCAGUGGGCAAAGGUCAUCGAUCCUGACAGUGGAGCAGUGCUCGGACCGAACCAACGGGGAGAGUUGUGUUUCAAGGGUUCGCUGAUCAUGAAGGGCUACAUCGGCAAAGAGAGCGACGUUGAUGAAGACGGCUGGCUGCACACUGGAGAUAUUGGGUACUACGAUGAGGAUGAGGAUUUUUUCAUUGUAGACCGAAUUAAGGAAUUGAUCAAGUACAAAGGUUUCCAAGUAGCUCCAGCAGAGCUUGAAGCAGUACUGUUGAAACAUCCCAAGGUGAAGGAUGCUGCAGUUAUAGGUGUACCAGAUGAGCGUGUCGGAGAACUGGCAACAGCGUUCAUUGUGAAAGAGCAUGGGGAUGAGGUCAAUGAGGAUGAAAUUAAAGCAUUUGUGGCUCAGCACGUUUCCCAGCAGAAGCAACUUCAUGGAGGAGUCAGAUUCAUUGAUAAAGUGCCAAAGACGGCCACGGGAAAGAUUCUGCGAAGAAAACUGAGGGACCUUGUACCGACUACCAGAGCAAAGCUUUAAGUUGUGAUUGUUUUCGUAAUUAUGUUUUCCAUGUGAAUGUUAUAAUGGAUGAAGGUUAAUAAACGGUGGAGAUAAAAUGUUCAUAAUAAAU